UCAAGGCUAUAAUCAUCUCUCAUCUCGACUGAAAAACCCACCUCACGCUGCUUCACGCAUAUCCAAAAGAGAAAGUCUGAUAAACUCCUCGAGCCGCCUCAAAUUUCCUCACUUUGCCUCUCAAAUCUCUCUCUCUCUCUCUCUCUCUCUCUCUCUCUCUCUGCGAUAUAUAUGCGACGAGGUGUGGUUAGGCUUGGAGUUUUUGGGCCGUGGAGAGAUUAACCAAUGCCCAUGGACCGAGUCCAGCCCAUACCGGACCAGAGGACCUCACCAACGGUCCUCUCCAUAGAGUGCCUCAAAGGCAGCUCCAAGGCCGACGAGUGGACCGGUGAUUUCCUCCAGACUGGAGACAUUGUCGAGGAGCUCAGGAUCGGGCGUUCCGGUACUCGCAGGACCGGAUCGAUCCUCCGCUUCACGCAGCCGUUCAAGAACGGCCGGAGCGGCGUCCAGAAGAUCCUCAACGACGCGUUCAAGAAGAAGGAGACCUCGAUUCUCAUCCGCGUUCGGAGAGGCGGGGACAAGUUCGCCGAGCUGCAGGCGUGCAUCGUGCCCAACGACGCCGCUGGAAAGAAGCAGUUCGUCCUCCGGUCGAUCGCAGAUCCGAAUUACGCCGUCGGUUUCGUUGAUCGCACUGAGUCCGAGUGCUUGGAGCUCCAAGCUUCUAGGAGUGCCAGGAUGGUAAAUGCACUAUCCACGACUCAGCUUCAAGAUGGAUAUGUUGCGUAUCCGUGGGAGAGAAGGAUGCAGGAGUGUCUAUCAGUUCCCUCUUCCAGCUCUUUUCUUUCUAUACUUCUCCUUCCAAAAGCUUCAGAUCAAGUAGCUUCUCGCUACAAUGACUUGGAUGACACUCUUGCUAGGGCAAAUGCAUGGCUUAAUGCGUCUCAGGCCUCUGGAGUUCCUAUAGUCUUUAUGAACAUCCAGACUGAGUCACUGCUUACCAAGAUCUCUGGAGAAACAGCAUCUUCCACAGUAAAUGCUGGGUCCUUAUCCGAUUUGUCUAGUCUUACAAAUACAAGUCUAUAUGGUUUUGAGGAUUACCAUGGGGUUGACAUUGGUGUUGUUAAAGCAGUUCGUCUCUGGUAUGCUCCUCUUGGAGGAGAGUUUUCAAUUGAAAUCAGGCUAAAAGAAAGUGAUACGAAGCUUGGGUUCGCUAUUAGCCGCACAGAAGAGGGAUUUAUUUUCAUCUCAUCGGUUAUUGAAGGUGAUGCAAAUGCGCCUUCGACCCGUGCAGGGUUGGGUAAUUUGUACAGAGAGGCUUCAAAUGCAUCUAGGCUGCUGGUAAUCUCAAGAGUUGGUAAUCAGAAGGUCCUUCCAUGGAUGGUUUCCUCAACAGGAGCAAUCCGAUGCUUUGAUACGGUUUCAUUCAGCCAGAAGCUCUCAUUGCACCGGCAUGCCAAGGUUCCCAUUUUCAUUCAUCUGUUUUUGUGGGACCGAGCAGUAGCUCUUCCUGGUGGGGCCAACCGAUUUAGGGUGGCUCCCCCACAUGCCCAGGCAUUACCACCUGAAGUUCAAUUGGCACCCCCUCCAAAUGAGAAUCAAAUACAGCCUGUGCCGCAUGAAGUUCCUACUGAGAGUAUAGUCGUCGGUGAUGGAGCAGAGGUAAGGCUUGAGCGGGACACGGCUGGGGAAGUCUCCUUUAGAUUCCAUGAUUUUUCACUCUCAAGCAACUGGGUGGCAGACCUACUUGGGGAUCACAAAGACACAGGAGAGGACUCCUAAAGCAACCUUCUUGUGUUGAAGGAAUGGAAUCACUUCAUUGAUUUAGGACGAUAGAAUUUUUGUGGACAAGUGAAAUUUCAUUAAUAAAAUAAAGAAAAUCGAAAAGAGGGGGUGAGGUGUCCCAAUAAGAUCUUAGUACAGAAAUCACAGUAUAAAAUAAAACUGUGACCCGGUACAAUAGAUUCUUGGUACAUAGUCCAAAAAAGAGGCGCCAAGAACAAUGGUUUUUUAGGUAGUCCAAUAGAUUGGUUGUUUGGAGAGACUCUUAUUGCGACUGCAAGAGAGUUUGGAAGUUACAA